CAAUCAGCCACUUUGUAGGUAUUCAUUUCGGCGAUGGAGAAGGUGUAUGACUCGUUCGGCAACCAGGGACUGCAGGACUUCAAGAAGCCGCCGGCCGAGGCGCCCACACGCCGCGCUCACUCACUCUCGGACAUGUUCCACGCAAUUCAUCUGCCGCCGCUGCCGUCAUUCCUGACCCAUCUCGGCCAUGAUGUGCAUUCCAAGAAGCAGGCCGUCUUCGUCAAGCCGCUGAGUGAAGCUGAGGCCAAGAAGCAACGGGAGGAGGACACAAAGAUGCCGAACAAGAUAUUCAGGCAGGCACACGCAUCAGUGUGGUCCAUACCUGAAUGUGUGUGUGUGUGCUUUCAGUGAUGUCGGCAACGUGCCGCUUCAAUCCUUCAAGAAGGCUGCAUCCUUCGGCGGCGAACGAACAUAGCCCUACUGGCAAGUACGGAGCACCAAACCGCCCUUCAUGGCAUGGCAAGCCCACCACACGACACGACACCCGAUCUCUUGUUUGGCCUGUCUGCUGCACGCCUCAGACAGAAACGCUGCCUUGAUGUGAUGGACCGUCAGGUGGUUCGCGUGAUUUGUGUUUCAUUCACCGUGCUGAGUUUGCCUGAACGUCGCCUGUCUGCCUGCCUGUCUGUCUGUCUGUCUGCGGACUGUGUUAAGUUGUCUCGGAUGCCUGAGUGGGUGGGCUGGCGUAAGGUGUGGGCAGCAGCGAGGGGCGUGUUUGGGAUGAGAGGUAUGGUUUUUUCGUUUCGGGCUUGUGUAGAGUGAGUGAGGCGUUGAUUGAGGGAUUCCACUAUGCAUCGCACUAGCUAGCUGCGUCAUGUAUCGUUUCUGUGCUGUAUUUUUCCUUGUGUGUGCGCUUGACUGUCUGCCGUUUUUUUUCUAACUGACUGAAUGCUGACUGUUGAUUGCAAUGCAUCCACAUGUUGUAUAUAGCAAGCCCAUUGAUGAGUGGCUCUGCCUUCCUGUCACGCGACUGACCUGGCUGGCGUCACAUGUUCGUGCAGAUCCACGGGCGUGGCUGCCGGCCAGCUGAGCUGCGGUGCAGGGGACAGGGGGCGAGUUUGUCGUCACUAUGCAGACAGACACGGGCCGCACUUGAUGGAUGGAUGAACGAAUGCCUGACUCAUAGCUAACACCACGAAAUGAGCUCAUGUGCACAC